UCGCUUGAAUCCAGUGGCGCACUGAAUGGCACGGCUGUAAAGAGGCAGGGCUGGGAGGCAGAGACACACGACACAGGUCUGCUCGGCAGAGGAGGAGGACUCAGUUCACAGCCAGCCUGCGGUGGAAAUAAACGCUGCGUGUCCUACUCUAAACCGCAGUUUUGUAUCGGUGGCGAGUCGCGUUGAAGAAACAGAAAGGCGCACUGUGAGGACUGCAGCAGCCGCUCAGACGGGAAUAUUUCCACAAGACUGCGCAGAAGAAGAAGACGAUUACUAAGGUCCUGUGACAACUCCUGAUGAUUGCUCAGCCUGACAAUCAAGAGCUGCUGCCCUGAUUGCUGCUCGUCAGGCACAGCUUUUCAUUAAGCAAGAUGUCAACCGCCACAGAAAAUGGGACGGGAGGGAAUCGGAGCUCAGAGAAAACCUACAAGAAGACCACAUCCUCGGCGUUAAAGGGAGCCAUUCAGCUCGGUAUUGGCUAUACAGUGGGAAACCUCACCUCCAAGCCUGACAGAGAUGUUCUUAUGCAAGACUUCUAUGUGGUGGAGAGUGUCUUUCUGCCCAGUGAGGGAAGCAACCUGACUCCAGCACAUCACUAUCCUGACUUCCGCUUCAAAACGUACGCCCCGCUGGCCUUCCGCUACUUCAGAGAUCUGUUCGGCAUCAAGCCAGAUGACUACCUGUACUCCCUGGUAAAUGAGCCUCUGAUUGAGCUGGUCAACCCCGGGGCCAGCGGCUCUCUCUUCUACCUGACCAGCGACGAUGAGUUCAUCAUUAAAACCGUUCAGCACAAGGAGGCCAAGUUUCUCCAGAGGCUGCUACCUGGAUACUACAUGAACUUGAACCAGAAUCCACGCACUUUGCUUCCCAAGUUUUACGGCCUGUACUGCAUCCAGUCUGGAGGCAUCAACAUCCGAUUGGUGGUGAUGAACAAUGUGUUGCCUCGCUCUGUCAAAAUGCACUACAAAUACGACCUGAAGGGAUCCACCUAUAAGAGACGAGCGUCCAGGAAAGAGAGAGAGAAGGCCUGUCCGACCUACAAAGACUUGGACUUUCAAGACAUGCACGAGGAGGGGCUUUACUUUGACGCAGAGACUUACAACAACCUCAUGAAGACUCUGCAGAGAGACUGUCGGGUGCUUGAGAGUUUCAAGAUCAUGGACUACAGUCUUCUGCUGGGCGUGCACGUCCUGGACCACAGAGAGGGGGGCGAGCAGGGUCAGGCAGGGGGUGAUGGGAGGAGACCCGUGGCUCAGAGGGUGCUUUACUCCACCGCCAUGGAGUCCAUUCAAGGAGACGGCAAAGCUGCUGAGGCCCUCACCACUGAUGACACGAUGGGCGGCAUCCCUGCCCGGACACACAAAGAUGAAAAGCUGCUCAUCUACCUGGGCAUCAUAGAUAUUCUACAGUCAUACAGGUUCAUUAAAAAGUUGGAGCACUCAUGGAAAGCCCUGGUGUACGACGGUGACUCUGUCUCAGUCCACCGGCCCGGGUUUUACGCCAGCCGCUUCCUGAAGUUCAUGAGCACACGGGUCUUCAGGAAGACUCAGCCAAUUCGAUUCUCCCCUUCAAAGAGGACCCGCACUUCCAUCCCUGCUCUGAAGUCGUGCUCACAGGAGAUCCUUUCAUCGCAGGCGGAUGAGAGGAACGAGGAGGACAGGAGGGACCGGCUGGUAGGAGCGCGCAGCCUCGCCAGCCUGGAUGGACAAGCUGUGUUCGGUUCAUAUCUGCGCCCCGACAUUGUCCCAGCCAACCCGUCCUUCUACGAGGGCUCCUCCAUGGGAACCAUCUCCACCUCCUCCAUCUUUGUAAACGUGGAAAACCAAACAGAGGACAGGGAUGACGUCGCAUCCAGCUCCACCUUCACCCUGGAGGACAGUGCCAUCUGCCUUACUUCGGAGCAGAGCACCAUGGACGUGGACAUGGAUCGAGAUGACGGAUCGGUUCUUGACGUCUACCUGUGAAAGGAGCAGCUUUACAAACAUUCAUUUUGUCCUGCCAAGCAUAAGACAAUCGCCACACCCCCAUUGGACAGGCCAUGCUGGUGUUUGACUCACUUUCAGUGCUGCUAGAUCCAUGUUGCCACUUGUCUUUGCCAACACAUCAAAAAAAGUACUGAGAUUCCCACUGGUUGUUGGACUGAAAGUCAAAGUGAAGGAGAUCUGCAAGGAACCAUGCAACAUACCGUGUCACGUGCUGUACAUCAGACUGAGCUUUCAGAACAUGCGUCAACGCAGCAACACCAUUAGGUUUUAUAUGUGUGUACUGUUUUCAAGGCCUACAAAACAACUUCAGCAUAUUUGAGGAGACGGUAGAUGCAAACCAUUCAUGUGUUUAGAUGUUUUGUUUGGGUUUUUUUUUUUUUCCUGCUGUUCAGAAAGACAUGAAGGACACUUUUACGAUUCGCGACUGCCUUAGUUGCUGUUAAAAUGAGAAAUGUUUACACUGAAUUUAUAGUGGCAUCUUUGUCCCCGAUGAGGAGGGACGCCGCGUUGUCACACAAAGGAUACAAGUCGGUUUGUAUCCGCAUCCAACACGUACCAGGAGAGACUCCUAUGAACAGACUCGAUACUGAAGCUGCCGAGGCCAAACCCGCGGUGCGAUCCGGUUUAAGCGGUCAGCAUUUUUUCCUAACUGUGCCGCCCGGAGAGGAACGUGAAGCCGUAAAGUGAAGCGAGCAAAGACUGGCCGAGCCUCGGCUGAAGCAUGGAGCAGGAGGACGAGGCACUUCUGACAUGUCAUGAUUUCUGUAAGACAGAUUUCUCCGAGGACACUGCUUUAGGCGGGUGGGCUACCUGACAUAAGCACAGAUGUGUGAACAUGCACUUUUUUUUAAAUCUUUAUUAUUGAAAUGCACACUUGUUUUGUCAUUGACACUACAUGUACAAAGACAAUGAAGCAACACUGUAGAUAUUUUUUUUUCUGUUUGAUGUGGAACUACUAGUUUCAUGAGGUUUCGUCAUGACUGAAGAUGCUUUUACUCAGGAUAUCCUUUGAUACUGAAUAAGUAUGUCCUCUUCAAGUUCAAGUUCUGAGACACGCAUUCUUACACUCUGGGGCGGUCCAGUACCUCUCCAUCAAAAUCAUAUCCAGCUAUAAAUGUUUGAACUCCACGGUCACGUCAGUUGAGACCAUAAUUUAUUAUGUAAAUCCCAAUAUUUUACCAUUUGCUGAAGAUAUACUUUCAUCGCUGAAUGUAUAGACAAUGCGUAUUUAUAUAAAGAAGAGACUCCUAUAAAUAAAAAUUUAAAACUCUGUGUCUGCCUGUGAAUGCUCAAAACAUGUCAUGUGAUGCGUUUGCAGGUCAUAGCUGUGGAUGUUUAGGAAGUGGCAGUCUUUAGUGAGAGUAUGGGCAGAAACCCUAGGCAUGCAAACAUGGUGGUAACAUGUAAACUCCACGUAGAAACGGCCGUGACCCGAUUCUGUUCCAACGCUAAUCACUGCUGCUUCUCAGAGAAACCAGUUUCAUUGUCACGCCAGUGUGAGGAAAAGAAUACGAUUGGUUCUGCUGUAUAUUAACUUUAAUUUACAGAACACUGCAAAACAUUUAGUGUCAAAUAAAAUUUCUCAUGUACAGUUUAAAAAUAUACAAACUAUUUAAAAUACAGACAAAACUGAAAACACUAAAUGCAUUCUGCUCAUGUAGAUACAAUACUGUGCAAAAGUCUUCAGCCACGCCUCAUUUCGUGAUAUUUUGCCUCCAGAUGUUCUUGUAAUUUUUUAAAGUGGUCUUUAGAAAUAGUUCGCCGGGCUCUUCCAAAGAUUUUCUUUAGACAUUGGCUGUUUUUCUUUUUCUUUCUUUUUAUUAAUUCAUUUUUCAUUUAUUUUAAAUACACAUUUUCAUUCCAUUCCUUGUACCUGACCAUUUUCAGAGGUAUGUUUAUUUUAAGCCUUUUAACACUAUCAUAUGAAAAAGGCACCAAACUCGAGGGAUAAAUCAGCGUUGCGUCUACACAUAACAGAAAACUGGACAAGUGGAAAGUAAAACAAGUCACAGGCCUAAAAAAAAAAAAAACUACAGAAGAUGUUGAUUAUCUGAAAGUCAGAAAGCUCCUACAUCCCUAAGAAGUAGGGGAACAAAUCUAGCAAAGACCUGACACACGACCUGAGAGAUGCACCCGGUCCCUUUGUUGAUCAGUCUACUGUUCACUGAUGGCUCAUCAGUGAAAGGCUGGCUGUCGAGCAACCAUUCUUAAGGAAGGGAAACUGGGAGAAAAGGCUGAGGUAUGACAAGUUACUCUGGAUCAGCUGGAUCUGACUAUUUAAA